AUGUGGCGGUCGCACUGGUCCGCUGUCUUGGCGCUGGGCCUGCCCAGUACUUCGCCUGUUGGGUACACCAGUACUACGGGUACAGCCCGGGUAGCUACUACGCGGGCCGGCGCGUACAACCAUUACGCCCCGACGGUGUACAGCGCGGCGCCAGCCGCUACCGUCAGCUCGCAGUACCACGCUCAGGAUGAGCUGGGCCAGUUUCAACUAUGGCUACGCCGGAGGCCCGUCUGCCAAGAACGAGUUCCGGAGGUUCGAUGGCGCCACCGUUGGCAGCUACAGCUACUAGACGCCAACGGCAAGGUGCAGACCGUCUCCUACACGGCCGACGAUGUCAACGGCUUCCCGGCGCCCGUGUUCAACCUGGAGGCGCCCGUGUUCGACGGCGUGGCUCCCGAGCCGGUGCAGGACACGGCCGAGGUGGCCGCCGCCAAGGCCGGAGUUCCGCAAGAAGUGAAGAAGGUUGAGGUCAAGCAUGUGGCCUCUCCCAUCACAUACGCUGCCUCUCCUCUUCCCCUGGCCUAUGGCCUGCACCCGUACGGCUACGGUGCCCCUCUCAUCUACAACGUGGAGGCUAAGGAGGAGGACUGCCGCUCUGUCCCCGCAGUGAAGAAGGUUGAGGUCAAGGCAGCCCCCAUCACCUACGCUUGCUAA